CUUCAAGCAGUGCAUCGCAGUGCGCACUGCUGGGCGGUAGUUUUAUGGCGACAGUGGAUGCUCAGGUACAGACCAAUGACUGCCCACUGGUGUCGCAAUAUCCCGCCAACCUUCUCUACGCACAGGGGAUGCUGAACACCACCCUGCUGCAGUUGCAGCAGGUGGAACUGCAGAUCUUUCAGCUCAGAAAUUAUAUGCAGCAGCACUUGCAGACCAAGCCCAAGAAGAAAAAUUCCGUCUUUGGACGCGAGGCGGACACCUCCGAUGCCCUGUUUGCCGCGGCGGAAGUGCUGACGAACGUCCGCAAUGUGUCGGAGGCGGCCAGGGCGGCUCAACGAAGGGAGGAACGGGAAGAACAUGCGGCAGCUGCGGAUCCGGCAGAGCUCUUGAACCAGCAGAUGCAGCGCAGACUCCUUCCAUUGUUCGUGAAGAGUGUGGUGUUGGCUUUUGUUUUGAGAGCCGCCUCUUUGGAGUGGCACAUCAUCCUACUGGGCGUGACCCUGCUCUUCGCUGGGGAGUAUUGGAUGAUUGAAGCCAGGGCCAAUGCGCCGCGUGACGCAGGGCAAGGGCUAGGGCGUGACGCAGGGGACGAUGCCAGGGCACAGGAGAACCGCCUUCCGGCCUUGCGGCAACGACUCAGUUUGCUCUUUAAGGUUCUGCUGGUGAUGUUCCUAAUGGAGCUCAAGUGGAGCUGGUAUGUGGUUUAUUUUCUGGUGUCAGUUCUUUUUUUGGGGGGCAUGUUCGACAGCUGGAUCGAAUGGUUCAAUGGCGCACCUGCCCUGGAGAAUCAGCUGGACGCCCUGCGGCGCAACGCCAGGGAGGCCCCAGUCCCUGCGCAGGCGGAGCAGCCAGAGCCUGAGGGACCGGCCGCGGAGGGCGAAAGUGCCGAAAGUGUCAGACAACCGGAAUCAGAGGCUUCAGCAGCUGACCCUGCACCUGCAGCUGCGCCUGCAGCACCUGCAGCGCCGCCGCCGCCGUAUUGGCAACGCUUCAUCUACCAGCUCUUUGUGAUGUUUUUCCUGACCCUGAUGCCAUGGUGGACCCCAAACCCCAGAUACAUGUGAGGCGAUGGUAGCAGAUUGAAUGGACAUAUUACCAUAAUGAAUGGAAAUAUACAAUGGACGGAAAUAUAUAUAUAUAUAAUAUACAUAAAUAUACCCAAUCAUAG